ACCUGCAGAUCAGCACAUUCCCGCUUCAACUCCUUAUCCUCCGCUUAAUAUCAGGUCCCCGCACACACUGACCAGUCGGUGUGUUUCCACGGACGCGGCUAAACGCCAGACGAGAGGCACAACCGCCAUGUACCAGCUUCGAUAUUGCUUCGUCUGACACUUUGCAUCGUUCAUAAAUCCGAGAAUGCGCCUGUGGCCAGACCUGGCAACUUUUAACAGCGUUUCCCCCUUGCGGUGACAUUUGCAUAUUUAUCCAGCGCUGUUGCUAACAAUGACCUGACAGUCCCAAGACUUCUUCAGCCUAUACGCUGCCUGUCGCUCGGAGCAGUGACCCUCUCGGCACUUGGCCGUCUAACCGAUGCCAUGCCAAUCCCUUAAAAGUGCGCAGGCAUCCGCCGCCCAGCCCGGUGAGGAGGUCCUGAGGACCUUUGAGAGCUCCAACGACUAACAUGACUCGGCUGUCCAGUCUUUUUGUCGCCAUUUUGACGUUGACGCCAACGGCGUACAGCAGACAUCUUCGCGCUUCCAAGGUCUUCCUUGAUGGCCGCCAAGUCCAAAAUGAAUACGACUACGUGAUCAUUGGGGGCGGUACAGCUGGUCUUACAGUGGCUGACAGGCUGACGGAGGAUGGCAGGACCACGGUUCUCGUCAUCGAGUACGGAGUUCUGAGCGAGGCAGCGUCGCUCACCACGGUCGCAGGCGGAUUCUCUGGAAUGUCCGACAGUCAGUUCAUGUACGACAUCCGAUCUGUCCCUCAGGUCAAUCUACGAAACCGUGUUAUAUCAGUCCUGGCUGGCAAGGUAGUGGGCGGUAGCUCUGCGGUCAACGCCAUGAUGACGAUCCGUGGGACCGCAGAAGACUAUGACCGCUGGGGGGCCUUCUUUGGCAAGAAUUCCCACUGGACCUGGGAGGGCCUGCUGCCAUACUUCAAGAAGGCUCUCAACUUUGUGCCGCCCAACGCGGACAUCACAAGAACAGCCAACGUUACGUACGACACCAGCUUCUGGGGCAACACUUCACGGGUUUAUGCCGGUUGGCCUUCGUACCAGUUCCCAGCCACGACGGCUCAGAUGGAGGCGUUCAAGGGUCUACCGGGCGUUGAAAUCGCCAGUGACAGCGGGUCUGGUGUGCCGGGUGUCUACUGGUAUCCAACCUUUAUGGAUCCCAAGACGGUGCUGCGGUCUUUUGCCAAGACAGGCCACUAUGACAACGUCAAGAGAGCCAACUACCACUUGGUCACCCAGUCCAAAGUCACCAAGAUCGUACUUGACGGCACGACAGCCACUGGCGUCUCGUUCGUCCCGGCACCAGCAAGAGGCCAACCGGGGAACACCGCCGCUCCGGUGACCACAGUGACUGCCAGAAAAGAAGUCAUCCUGGCGGCCGGUGGUGUCCACAGCCCCCAGGUACUGCAAGUGAGCGGGAUCGGUCCUAAAAAGGUUCUCUCCGCAGCUGGCAUAGACACCAUCGUCGACCUCCCCGGCGUCGGCCAAAACUUCCAGGACCAUGGCAUGAUCUCCGCCUCGUUCCAAUUCGCCCGCAUCCCCCAAUCCGCCCGCCCCUCCUCCGACGACCUCCGCACAAACCGCACCCUCUCCACCUGGUCCUCCCAAGUCUGGGCCGCCAACCGCACAGGCCCCAACUCCAUCGCAACAGGCAACUCAGCCGCCUGGCUCUCCUUCCCCGUCAUCUCCCCCCGCUCCGCCAAGCUCUCGGCCGACCUCGCGGCCCAAAACCACGCCGCCUACCUCCCCACGGGAUCCGACCCGACAGUCGCAGCCGGCUACCGCGCCCAGAUGCUCUCCUACGCCUCCGCCCUCAGCAACAACAACACAGCCUUCUACAACCUCGUCAUCCAAGGCGGCUCCGCCAGCGGCCUGCUCGUCGACCUCCACCCCUUGAGCAGGGGAACGGUCAAUGUCAACCCGGCCAACCCGCACAACACCGAGCCGCAGGUGGACUACCGCGCCCUGGCCAACCCCCUGGACGCGACCAUCAUGGGUGACAUUGUCCGCUUCACGAGGAAGUACUACCUUGAUAACCCCAAGACCAAAGACUGGGGCGGAAGGGAGGUCUCCCCCGGCGCGAGCGUGACGACGGACGAGCAGCUGGCGACGUUUUUGAGCAGCUCCCUGAGCCCGAGCGUGUAUCACCCCGCGGGGACGUGUGCGAUGAUGCCGUUGGAGCUGGGUGGUGUGGUGGACGAGGAGCUCAAGGUGUACGGCGUCAAGAACUUGAGGGUCGUGGAUGCGAGUGUCAUCCCGACACUGCCGGGGGCAAACACUUGCCAGACGGUGUAUGCCAUUGCCGAAAAGGCGGCGGACCUCAUCCGAUAUGGCGCACCAAGGGUCUAAGUAAGCGGCGGCAGUAGGUCGUAUGAAUAUUUCGAAUGCGACGAAUAAUAUGCAAAUUUGAAAAACCUUUUCAUGUUGUGAUUGUACAUAUUAUUCUCUAAUUCGCCGAUGUAUCAGUAAACCACUGGUGCCUGUCCCAAAAAGCAAAUCAGACUCCUGAACUCCAGUC